UUCCAGACUGUGAAGGGGAACUCUCAGAUUGACGGGUUUUAAUUAGUGGAAAUGGGACGACAAAGCCCGAGCCGGCUCUUUGCUGAAGGGCAACCUUCAUCCAGCCAAACUGUUCCAGAGAGCUAGAAUGUGGAGCGAAGGGGUUUAACCUAAAUCUCAGCUCCCAAUCCAGUCCGCGUUGCUUUUCCUGUGAGYGAGCUGACAGUGCUCUCCUCCUUUGUCCCAUAAUUACCCCCCUUUUUUCAGUGUGCAUUGUUGGUCGCUGUCUGCGUCGGUCCUCUUCUUUGUUUGCCCUCCUUAUUAUUUAUCUUCUCGGUCUCUCKUGUGCCCUGCACUUAGAUUAAAAUAGAUUAAUCAGGGAUUAGGUGGUAAAAUCAUUGAGGGGACGGAUGUGUUGAAUGACAACUUGCAGUGUGCACCGAUGAGCUGUUGCACAGAGCCACUUAUAACAGCUUGGACYAGUUUAUUUUUCAUAUAGAUGCGGUGUGUGUGUCUGUGUGUGUGUCUGUGUGCACCAGAGCGUACAGUGUUUGCCGUGUGUGAAAAGUGAUGCUAUGCUGAGGCGUGGCAGCGAUGACGGAUGUGGAGGCGACCUACGAGGACUUCAUCGCGUCUGGACGAUCCGGCCGCAGGAACGCCAUCCAUGAUCUUCCAGGAAGCGCAGGAGCGCCGGGGGCCGCCGACCUGUCGGAGACCCUGGCUCAGCUCAACAUCAACAAAUCUGAAGAGGAGGAUGCAGAGAAAAGCCAGGACUCUCCAGAGAAAGAAAAGGAAACCCAAGCUGAAGGCUCCUAAGCAGCGUGUAUGAACUGUGAGCGAGCCCUGAACACCGGAGCCUCGAACCCUCCACUGCCACCAUCACAUCAGCAGCACAGUCUCCUGUACUGUACCACGAUUCGUUGCUUUUUUUGUGGCUGUCGGAUGGGAUGUAAUGAGGGAACGACUGAAACCAGUCCUGUUUGGGUCUGAGUGGACAGGAACAAGGGGAGGAAAGAAGGGGAAGAACAGAACAACUGAAGGUUUAUUUCUGAGGCAGGCUAAUGUCCCCCUCCUCCCUCCUUCCGUCCCCCAAUCAGAACCAAUGUAGUUCAAACUUUUUCACGGGAUCAAGGAAAGUCGUUGUUGCGGACGUCACCUGUUGCAAAAAAAAAGUUCUCCUUUUGACUACGCACCCUGCUGACUGUUACCUUUGUGUUUUUGUAUUUUUCUCACUGAUUUGCUGCAGAUUUCUUCACUCCAAGUUCUAGUUCAAUUAUUUUUUGGCGUGUCACCUUUUUUUAUUUUUAAGUGUUAAAAGCUGUGACGUUUAAUUUUACACAUUUAUAUAAAGGUUUUUCUUACCUUGUGAACAUUUUCAAAUGUAGCCCACCCAGCCAGCAUUAGCAGAUUAACACUUUGCAUGUUAUAACUUUAUUAGUUUUUGAAAGGGACACUUUACGUUAUUGCACCUAAAUUCUGUCCAUCUUUGAAUUUCCUGUGACGGUGUAACGAGGGAAGUCCUGGUUCUCCUUUAACACACCACAACUGGUCAUAUUUUGGUGUGUGUGUGUGUGUGUUGUCUAGUGGAUUUUAGUGGAGGGGAAACAGCCAUCGUCUGCUGGAAAUGGAAAAAAAUUGCACUACUGGUAGCACUCAAGUGUCAACCCUUUUUGUAUGAGUUAUAAUUUAUUAUUAUUAUUUAUUACACGUGAGAUUUGUUUAUGUACCUGUUGUCUGUUUAAAGAACCUUCAUAGUGAAKAACUAAUUUUAGUACUAUAAAUGUAAUCUGCCUUGUUUUGCUACACAAAUAUCUUUGUUAAAUUUGUUCUCUAAAACAUGACAUGUUUGUGUAACUGAUUAUUGUUUAUUUCUCUUGUUCUUUUUGAAAGUGAUAAAAAGAGCUAUWGGCAUCUUUUUUCAGAGUAUUUAGAUAAAAAUGCUAACAUUUUGUACAGUAACUUGGGUGUAGUGUUUUUUUUUUUCUUCUUUGACCAGCACUGUUGUGGGUGACAAAUGGCACUAAUCCUCAUGUUGUAUUUUCUUUAGUAACUCAGGCACUUCUUACAUCAUGAGUCAUGUCACUGUGGUUUCAGAUGUUUUCCAUUUGAUGUGCAAAUAAAUUUUGCUGGUGUUUAAA